UUCCUGCUGCUCACGGCUUCUGUUUCUGCCUACAUGGGUGCUGCCUUGCUGGAGGUGCUGGUGACCCUGGCGUUCCUGGGCCUGCGGGCGACGCACUUCCACGAGCGCCUGAGCCGUGUCAACUGGCCCUGCCUGGACUUCCUUCGGUGUGUCAGCGCAGCCAUUGUCUUCAUCGUUGUGGCCUUCGCUGUCAUCGCGGCCAGUCACGACGGCUCAGCUGUGUCGGCCUUUGUUUUCAGCCUUAUUCUGAUUGGGAUUUUCUGCUUGGAUGCCUACAAUACCUACCGGGCGGAGAUGGGAUCUGACCCAGAUCCGGAUCGUGGCUGAAUCUGCACGCUCAUGUGUCCCUCACUCCAGCGGUGAAAACCCCACCUCACGUCUGCAGCUUCGGUCCCUGCGCAUGACUGCGUUCUCCCAUCUUUCCUCAAAAUCUCCCUCAGGCCCUCCUGGCGUCAGGAAGCAGAAGAGAUCUUCGGUGCCUGAUCCUGCAACCCGUGGAGAAUCUGGAUCCGCAAUUUUGGAUGAUUUCCAGAUUUAACUUGCCGGAAAGGCAAGAUUAAAAAUGCUUUGG